AUUUUAUAAAAUUGAAUUUUCCAUUCUUGUUAAUGUGUGCUCCUUCAAAUCCUAUUUGUUAAUUCCAGUUACAAAUAUAGCUAUUGAUAAUAGUUAUUAAUUACACAAAUGGCCAUUAUAAGAUAUUAUCGUACACCUGCACUGAGUGAUCAGAAGACAAAACAAGUAUUAUCAAAACUGCAAAAGAUUAGUGGGCUGGUUCUUGAUUUAAAAACAGAAUUAUGUUAUCAUGUUGAAUUAGACCAGCAAUGUCCACAACUCAAAUCCGAGCAAUUGGAUAUUUUAAAAUGGCUUUUAGGACCCAUUUUUGUAGAACAAAAUACAAAGCCAGAGGAGUUUUCUGAUAUAAGUCAUUUACAACCGGGGCAUUGCAGCCUUUUGAUUGAAUGUGGACCUAGAUUCAAUUUCUCCACUGCUGAUUCGAGUAAUUCAGUUCAAUUUUGCCAAAAUGUUAACUUAAAAAAUGUUGUAAGAUUAGAAGUAUCAAAAAGAUACUUACUUAAUUUUUCAAAUAAACCAAAUGCUGAAAUUGAAAAACAAUUAUGUGCUUCUCUUUAUGAUCGAAUGACUGAAUGUGAAUAUACAACCAAAAAUUUGCCAAAGAAUAGUUUUGAUGAAGGUUUGCCAUUGAAAGAAGAUGUUUGGCAUGUCGUACCUGUUAUGAAAGAAGGCCGAAAGGCACUAGAGAAUAUUAAUGAUAAACUUGGUUUGGCCUUUGACAACUGGGAUUUAGAUUUUUACACCACUCUUUUCCAAGAUAAAUUAAAACGAGAUCCUACUACUGUUGAGUGUUUUGAUCUUGCUCAGAGCAAUUCUGAGCAUUCAAGGCACUGGUUUUUUAAAGGAAAAAUGAUCAUUGAUGGAAAAGAAGAAUCAGAUUCAUUAAUUGACAUGAUUAUCAAAACUCAGAAUCACACAAAUAAAAACAAUACAAUUGCUUUCAGCGAUAACAGCAGUGCCAUUAAAGGUUUCAAGCAUUUGGUUGUUGCUCCAAAAGUGCCUGGCCAACCAUGUGAGAUGGUAAAAAAAGAAAUAACAUCUGAUUUGAUUUUUACUGCAGAAACUCAUAACAUGCCAACUGCUGUCGCACCAUUUAGUGGAGCCACUACUGGUACAGGAGGCAGAAUUAGAGAUGUUGAAGGGGUUGGUAGGGGUGGCCAUACUAUAGCUGGUACUGCUGGUUAUAGCGUAGGAAAUCUUUUAAUACCAGGUUACGAUCUGCCAUGGGAAGACAAAAAAGCUGAAUAUCCAUCUAAAUUUGCUUCACCUCUAGAAAUCAUAAUUGAAGCCAGCAAUGGUGCUUCUGACUAUGGAAAUAAAUUUGGUGAACCGGUUAUUACUGGUUUUGCAAAUUCCUAUGGUCUCAUUAAUGCGAAUGGCGAAAGAGAAGAAUUUGUGAAACCCAUAAUGUUUAGUGGCGGUCUUGGUUUUAUGGAUAGCACAAUGACAAAUAAAUUUGAUCCAAUGCAAGGAAUGUUAUUGGUUAAAAUUGGUGGUCCGGUAUAUAGGAUUGGUGUGGGAGGUGGUGCAGCAAGUUCUGUUGAAGUACAAGGUGAUAACAAAGAGGAGCUGGACUUUGGAGCAGUGCAAAGAGGGGAUGCAGAAAUGGAACAGAAGUUAAAUCGUGUUGUCCGAGCAUGUAUUGAAUUAGGAGAUAAAAAUCCGAUACAGGCUAUUCACGAUCAAGGCGCUGGAGGCAAUGGAAAUGUACUUAAAGAGCUUGUUGAACCUGGUGCGGCAGGAGCCGUGAUCUUUGUUAAAGACUUCAAAUUAGGUGAUCCAACGAUAAGCGUGUUAGAGCUGUGGGGUGCUGAAUACCAAGAAAAUAAUGCUUUGUUAUGCAAACCUGAAGAUAGAGAAUUACUGACCAAUAUUUGCAACAGGGAACGUUGUCCUAUUAAUUUUGUUGGAAUUGUAACUGGUAAUGGCUAUGUCAGUUUAGUUGAAGACAGUAUUAAAAAUGCUGAUAAAUAUAUGGAUAGAAAAGCUAGAGAUUCCUGGGGUCCUGUACCUUUCGAUUUGCAUUUAGAUGCAGUUUUAGGUAAAAUGCCGCGUAAGGAAUUCAAUCUGAAUCGUUUAAAAAAUCCCGUGGUACCUUUGAAGUUGCCUGCAAAUUUAACCGUUAUGAAUUGCUUAGACCGUGUUCUAAGGUUACUACAUGUUGGCAGUAAAAGAUUUUUGACAAAUAAGGUCGAUAGAUGUGUAACAGGUUUAAUAGUUCAACAGCAAUGUGUGGGGCCUAUUCAUACACCACUUGCUGAUUAUGCUAUAGUUGCAGUAUCACAUUUAGGAAAUGAGGGAAUAGCAACAUCAAUAGGUUCUCAACCAAUCAAAGGUUUACUUUCACCUGCAGCUGGUGCAAGAAUGACUGUUGCAGAAAGCUUAUCAAAUUUGGUUUUUGCUAAAAUAUCUUCUUUAGCUGAUGUUAAAUGCUCAGGAAAUUGGAUGUGGGCUGCUAAAUUGCCUGGGGAAGGGGCUAAGUUAUUUGAUGCAUGCAAAGCCAUGUGUGAUAUUAUGACCAUUUUAAAUAUAGCGAUAGACGGUGGUAAAGAUUCUCUUAGCAUGGCUGCUAGGGUUGGAAAUACUACAAUAAAAUCUCCUGGCACUUUGGUGGUAUCUACAUAUGCUCCAUGUCCAGAUGUGAGAAAGCAUGUGACGCCUGAUUUAAAAGCAGGUUCUCUUAAAAAUGAAUGCUCAUUGAUUUGGGUAAAUUUGUCAAGUGGUAAAUUCAGACUAGGCGGUUCAAGCUUAGCACAAUGUUUUGGCCAACAAGGUGAUAUAUCUCCUGAUGUUGAUGAACCAAUUAAGCUGAAGAAUGCUUUUAAUAUUACACAAAAUCUAAUAAAUGAUGGCAAGAUUCUAUCUGGGCAUGAUAUCAGUGAUGGUGGUUUAAUAACAUGUAUUCUUGAAAUGGCAUUUGCUGGAUUGUGCGGACUGAAUAUUAAAAUAUCUGUUCCUCAAAGUAUCAAUGUCUUGGAAUUAUUAUUUGCCGAGGAGAUUGGUUGGGUUUUAGAAGUUAAAAGUGCAGAUUUUGAGCAUUGUUUAAAAUUAUUCAAAUUGUCAGCUAUUGAUUGUCACUAUAUUGGGCAAAGCAAAUCAUCUGGCAUGCAAAGCUCAGUAAAGAUUUCAGUGAAUAAUCAAACUUAUUUAGAAAGCACAGUUAUUGAUUUGAUGAAAAUUUGGGAAGAAACCAGUUACCAAUUAGAACUCCGACAAGCCAAUUCCGAAGUAGUUAAAAUGGAAUGGGACAAUCUUGUUCUCAGAAAAGAACCAGAAUAUAAAUUAACCUUUGAUACUGAUACGGAAAUAAAACUUAUGAAAAUUGUUUCACCAAUUCGAGUUGCAGUAAUUAGAGAAGAAGGGUCAAAUGGGGAUAGGGAAAUGAUUGCUUCUUUAAUGGCUUCCAAUUUUGAAGUAUUUGAUAUAACAAUGGAAGAUCUUCUGUGUGACAAAAUUACAUUAGACCAAUUUCGAGGAGUAGUAUUUCCUGGAGGUUUUAGUUAUGCUGACACACUGGGGUCUGCAAAAGGUUGGGCGGCUAGUAUUCUAUUUCACAACAAAUUAACUAAGCAAUUUGAUAAUUUUGUUUCAAGGAAAAAUACAUUUUCAUUAGGAGUAUGUAAUGGUUGCCAACUUAUGGCUUUAUUAGGCUGGGUGAGUCCUGACAAGAAUCUUAAGAAGCAAAACCGUGAUAUAAUAUUAGAUCACAACAAGUCAGAAAGAUUUGAAUGCCGAUGGAGUACAGUAAAAAUAGCCUCAUCAAAUUCUAUUAUGCUUUCUGGCAUGGAAGGAUCUGUUUUUGGAGUAUGGGUAGCACAUGGCGAAGGUCGUUUCAGAUUUGAAUCUAAACAAGUGCUUGAUAGAUUAAAUGCUUCUAAAUCUAUUUGCCUACAUUAUGUUGAUGACAGUGGAUGUCCAACUGAACAAUACCCUUGGAAUCCCAAUGGAAGCCCAGGCGGAAUUGCAGGUAUCAGUUCUUUAGAUGGCAGACAUUUAGCAAUGAUGCCACAUCCUGAACGAUGCUCCAGAAUGAUCACUUGGCCAUGGCAUCCUGCAUCAUGGAAUAAUUUAAAAAAAUCCCCUUGGCAAAGAAUAUUUGAUAACGCUUAUUUAUGGUGUUCUAAUAAUGCAUAACAUAUACUCUAAAAUUGUUAUACUAAACUUAUCAUAAUUGUUAUGUUAGUGAUUUAUUGAAAUAAAAAAAAAUAAU